CAGGAUGAGCGCAGAGGGGAAGGCCAGAUGCCCUGGGCUCCUCAUUGCACAGCUCACUCAGGACAGCAUGUUAUCUGUGCGUCAGGAUGUGACAAUCGAGAUUUGUAGAGAGGCUCCUCUAGUUCCCAGAAUCCUCCGGUGGCCUGAGGAUUUCACGGAAAAGACUGAAGCUAAUUCGGAAGAUCUGAACUUGCAAAUCCACAGGAGCUCUGAGUUCACGCAGUCAUGUUUUUCUUUAUUCUGUGUCUGCUCCCAGGUUCAGGCAAAGGGAGAGACACCGCUCUGCUCCCAGAGGAAACCCCCACCCCCCAACCAUACGAUCCAUAAGUUCUUUUACAUCUUCCUGUGCUAUUUCUGUCCUUACGCUAUUGAAAUUGCAUCUCAAAGGUCAACUGUGGUGUUAUCAAAGCCCAGUCCAAAGAGGGUUUUAUUUGAUCUUCAUUUUUCUUUACUCUGGACCAUCAACUCCCACCCCCUGUACUUACAUGGUUUAUAUUUAUCCAUCUAACUCCUAAUGGAUUUUCUAAGCUGGCCCUUUGCAUAGCAGCAUCCUGGCUGGGAGUCUAAACUCUAACAUUAGCAUGCCUGUAGUGGAACUCUUAUUUGGCCAAUAACUGUAUGAAACCAAGGAUAACAGGAGAUGGUGUUUCCUUGGUUUGGUGUCCAAAUUAAAUGGGAUAAUUAAUGUAAUAUUUACUCUAAAGCUUGGCAUGAGAAAGUAUUCGUGAAUAUGACAUAACAGGCCCUUACAGACUGCUUCCCUCUUAACCCUGCCCCUUCUAGGUCUUUUGACCCUUCCUUAUCCCACACAGGGCCAGUCAAUAAAUAUUUAUUGAUAUGAAAAUUCAUGCCCAUGGUGGCAGAGUUCAGGGACAUAGAAACGACAUGGAGGGAGGCUUUUUACUCUGUUUUUAACUAAGACACAGUAUAAGUUGUUUGAAUUGCUCCUUUUGGGAUAUGCGGCGUUUAUUGAACAGGAACCGGUGUUAGCACUUAAAAAUACUUGUUAGUGCGGCAGUCAGUCACGAUGAGGCUGCUUGGCACAGGGACAAAGUCCAGUCUUUAGAUUGAAUGCUGCUCUUAGAUUAAAUGCUGCUCUAACAGCAUUAUGCUGGGUGGGAGGAGGCCAGCGUCCUGGAAGCCUUGACUGGGAUGAUGGCGCCAUCUACUGGCGUCGCGGAGAAAUGACGCCGGGCAACGCUUGUCUUGGCAAGGGUGGAAGUCUUCAGAAUUGCGGUUCUUUCUGGAGAAAGUGUGCAUGAGACCGGACAGAAGAGAUUAGUAAGGAGCAGGAACAGCAAGCAGCAAGCAGGAGACACCUAGGAAACCAGGGUUACGAAAACCUCGCUGACUCGCCACAUUUGGAGGCCAAUCCCAGACAGCUGGAACAGCGUGCGUCCUGAGGGACCCAGGAUCAGCCUCCAGCCCCUAACAGCGGUUCCUCACGGGACAGUCAUCCCAGGAACCAGUUUCAUGGAACAGAGACAGAGAAUCCCGAGCCAGCCCCUCCCCACCCGUACCUCCCAGUCCAAGAAGAGAAGGACACCACUGCACUCCUUCUUUUCCAAGGUCUCUUGGAAACUGAGGUUGCAGAAGCGGGAGCCUUUGAAGAAUGUGCUUUUCAUCUUGGCAGAAAGAGCCCGGGAUCCUAAUGCUAAAAAGCGCCAUCUAGCAAUGAGAGGCCUGGGUACCCUGGCCUGUGAAGCUCCUGACAAGCAGGUGAGAAAGUAUAAGAAAAUUAUGCUUGAUCUCCUGGUACGUGGGCUGUAUGAUCCCGUGAGUUCUGAAGUUAUCCACGAGAGUGUGAAGACUUUGAUCAUCAUGCUGGGCAAGAUUCAGGGCCAAAGGCUGGGCUCCUUCUUCAUAGAUAUCACCCUUCAGACCCAGACCUUAUUGGAUGAUGAGGACGACAGCGUGCGGUACUCGGCCUUUGUCCUCUUUGGACAGUUGGCUGCCUUUGUUGGGCGGAGGUGGAAGAAAUUUUUCACUCACCAAGUUAACCAGACCCAAGAUUCCCUCCUAAGCCACUUGCAGGACGAAAGCCCUCGGGUUGCCAAGGCUUGCAAAAUGACUCUUCGAGCCUGUGUCCCGUAUCUGAAACCCAGAAAGGAGCAGAGUUUCCAAAGUGAAGAAGAUCGGAGGAACCCCAGGCUUUCCCGGCAGCUGAGCCACUGCCAUCCAGAGAUCCUGCUGUUCUUCUAUGCCAAUAAAAUCCUGUAAAGUCCAGAGCAGCAGAGAAAGUGGCCCGGGUGAGUGCCCUGCCCGGGCAUGGUGCUGCUUCUGGUCUGUCUCAUAGGAUAACCUCUUUGGCUCUCAAGUGAUUGGAACAGAAAAGAGGAUGUAUCUCUGCCCCCAAAGUAAACUUCCAUGCAAUUGUGUGCACUCAUAGAGGCGUCCUCAGGCAUCGUCCACCUUUCCAUUGACACAGGAUCUUUUAACUGGCCUGGAGCUUGCUGAUUAGACUAGGCUUGAUGGCUGGUGAGACAGCACUGAGAUUAUAACUAUACUCCAGUGAACCAGCUUUUUUUUUUUAAUGUGGGUUCUGAGAGCUGAAUGCAGGCCCUUAUACCUAUUUGUAUGGACUAGACCAUCUCCCCAGCCCAAUAGAUGCACACGUCUUUCAAACAGUUAACAUGCUUGAUACCCCAAAAGUUCCUUCCUCAGUUCCUCUCUGUCAGGUGACACACAUUUCUAAUAUGUCACCUCUGAGGCUUGGGGAAAUUAUUGUUACCUUAAGCAUUUAAAAAAUGUAUUUGCUUUUUGAUUUUGAUAAAACAAAACUUUGUUAUUUGCUACCGACCAAGAUACCAAGAAGCUGGCGUGCAACAUUAUCUUUAAUUCCUGAUGAUCUUAAAAAUGUCAUUGUCUUAAAAUCAUCUUUAAAAAGAACGAGAAGAAAUACUACUCCAUCCUCUACAGGGUGGUGAUAACUUACAGAAUAAAAACUGUAACAUGUACUGA